AAAUCAAUAGAUGGCGUUUACUGUAAGAACUUCCUUAUGAUAGGAAACGGAAGUAAAAAUGAAAAAUGUUGUUAGUGAAGUUUUUUAAUAAGUUAGUUAAUUUGUGUUGAUCUGUAAUUAGUUAAUCAUGGGUAUUUCAAGGGAUCAUUGGCAUAAGCGACGUGCUACCGGUGGUAGACGAGCUCCAAUUCGGAAAAAGAGGAAGUUUGAGCUCGGAAGACCGGCAGCUAUGACCAAGAUUGGUGCUAAGCGUAUCCAUUUAGUAAGAGCUAGAGGAGGUUCUUUCAAAUAUCGGGCUCUUAGAUUAGAUCAUGGUAACUUUGCUUGGGCUUCAGAAAGGACUACACGUAAAACUCGUGUAAUUGAUGUAGUUUAUAAUGCCAGUAACAAUGAAUUGGUUCGAACCAAGACAUUGGUAAAGAAUUGUAUUGUUCUUAUUGAUGCUACACCUUUUCGUCUAUGGUAUGAACAACAUUAUGCUGUUCCAUUAGCAAAGAAAAAAUCACCAAAAGCUUUGGCUGAAGCCACUGAUGCUUUGAAAAAGGACAAAAGUAAACGUGUCCUGAGGAAAUAUAAAUUAAGACAAAAGUUAUCUAAAAUUGACCCUGCAUUGGAAGAUCAGUUCCAAACUGGACGUUUAUUAGGUAAUAUCUCGUCACACUUAACUCAUCACAUUCUAAAAUUUUUCUUAUGAUGAAAAAUACAUUAUUUUGUUGAAAAUAAGUCUUUAAUGCCUUAUCUCCAUGACGCACCAUAGUUACUCUGAUUAUCCAUCAGAAGAUCUCAAACAUCCUUCUAGUUUUUCCAAUUUAACUAAUGUUUUCUUUUAUUUUCUCCAUUUCCAUAGCUUGUUUAUCAUCAAGACCAGGUCAAGUUGGAAGAUGUGACGGGUAUAUUCUGGAAGGAAAAGAACUUGAAUUUUACCUUAGAAAAAUCAAA